AUGUGGUUAUUGAUCACCGAAUAUGAAAAAAGAGAAGAACAUGCAGCAGAAGACGAUGUAGAUGAUGAAGGAGAAGAAGAAGAAGUAAUAUUGAGACCUGAAAAAGUAGUCAACUCGUGGCUAAUCAAUGGACUUAGUGUAAAAAAAUGGUUGGAUCAUCUCAAAUCUAUCUUUCAUUUUUCGGAAGUAAAUCGGCUAGACUUCGGUGAAGGCUCUGUAACUUUUGAUAUGAACGACUUUCGUGAUGUAUUUAACAGCCAUUCGAGACUCGAACUUGGAAACAAUUGCGGCCCGGAGGCAUAUGUAAUGGAAAUACUGAAAACCUUCCCAACUGCAAAACUAUCGCUGGAAAGCAGCUUAUUUGAGAGUGGAAAGCCUCCAUACGAGGUUUUGAUUCAAAAUUAUGACCAGCUUUACAUUUGGUCCAGACCUCAAUCCACAAUCACAUUGGAUGAUUUAUUAACUUUGAAUAGUUUACACAUUUUUGUAUCUGGAUUGACUAUCACGGAAAAAGAUGUCAAUAGACUCAUCAAACAUUGGAUGAAGGGGUCGAAUUCUCGAAUGGAACAAAUGUAUAUCAGUUUCAACGGUGAUGGAAUCAUUGACAAAGAUCUAGUUCUAAAGAAAUUGAAUUACGUAGAAUUCCCCGCAAAUCAGAAGAGAUAUUUCAAAAAUAAUGAUGAACAGACGUUCACCAUUUUGACAGUUGAAGGUGGCUUUGACAUUCCGAGAUCCGAUGGAACUAAGGCUACUUUAAAAUUUGAAGAGUCUUUCAAGUCCUUACUUAUUUAUGUUUGGCAUCCACACUGUAUUGCAGAUUCUGAUUAA